GCCGUUCCCUUUCUGACGAGUACAUUGAUCGAGCUAGUGUUUUGUGCUUUUAUCGAGUGAAAAGUGCCUUAAACCUACGUGAAAGUUGUGCUAACUUUUUAUCAAAAAUCAACGGAGAAGCGCUCGUCGUCAGAUCGGCUUUCCCGUAUGCCGUGAGAGUGAUGUGGUCGUCGUGUCAAUUCGCGAGAGUGGAGCUCACCUGAAUGGGAGUGUGAGUUCGUGUGAAUAAAUUUAUGAGUUUGAGAGCGGAACAGUGCGUGCAGUGAUUCAAUAAGAACCAACACAGGUACAAGCAAACGGUGCUUAAGCGACUAAAGGAGAAACGGCGUGUACAGCGCAUCGCUUUGGAUCUGUUUUAUGUACAUAAAAGUGUCGACGAUAUCACCAUCCUGUUUCCAUCCAACGAAAUAAACACAUCAACAAUACACAACAUUUAAUUCUACGACAGCAACAAAAUACACGAGGUGUGAAAUGCCUUAAUUUCCGAUGUGCUCUUAGCAUACAGCGCGUUAUUGUGUUGUUCUGCUCUGGCUACCGUUUGUGAAGUGCUGCCACAAAUUGGCCCCAAUUUCUCAAAGCUGUGAUAGAGUUCGGUGACAUAGGCGCAGAAUCAAAACAAGUCAAGAAAACGGUGUGUGACGAAUUGCUUUCCCACCACGCAGUGUAUGAAAUCAAAAUAAGGAGUGCAAAAAAAAAUCGGAGCCAGUUGCAAUAAAAUCAGAUGCUAUAUAUAUUUUCCAUUACCUCUUUGGAAACAGCAAAAGAAGAGAGCGAAAGAGUAAAAAGAAUGUGAUAACGACCCGAGUAUCAUAAAAGUGAAGUGAAUUAAGUUGAAACGAAGAAAUAUAGUUCCUGAGUUAAACGCUACUGCGGAAGUGAGUUAAUGGUGGCUAAAGCGUCCUCCGAUCAACUUUGAGCGGAGUUUCGAGAAAAGGAAGUUACUAUAUUAGUCGUCGGACUGCAGGAAAUUUAGUGCGACCGAUACCUUUUUGGCUUGGCAAUCGAAGUGAACACAGAAAACCACACCAGCACCGCAGCUUAUUCCGAACAGCGGACUAUCGAGGAUAUAGGUAUAGCGCCAACAUUUACCACCCUGUCCUCAUUUUGUCCAACCAACGAGAUAACAACAGCGGAAAACAAAGUUUUACGACUGCAACAAAACACAUGAGGUGUGAAAUGCGAGAAAACGCUUCAACUUCCGAUAUGCUGUGAUCCUGAUGUGUUUGUUGUGAGUUGUUCUGCUCUGGCACCCGUCGUGAGAUGCCAAUUCAAAUGGGAACAAGUUUCAGUGAGUGGUUAUAGUUAGUUUGGCGACAUAAUCAGAAUCAAAACAAGCGAAAGUAGUGUGUGACGAAUUCAUCCCCACCGUGUAGUGAAUCGAAUCGAGAAAAAAGUGCAACAUUAGAGAGGAAGUGGUAAUAAUACUAGUCGAUGCUACCGGUUCUCUACAACCUUACUUCACAGCAAGAAUCAAUCGAAUAAAAGUGUGUGAUAACGACCCGAAAGAAGUAAAUGAAUCACGUUAAGUCGUAAAGGUGGUAGCCAAACGACAACAAUAGUUUCUAAAUUAAACGCUACGGCGGAAGUGAGUUAAAAACAGCUAAAGUGUCUCCGGUUGUGCUUUUAAAUCGAGUCCAGAGAAACAGCAGUUAUUGUUCAGAAAAGAACAACCCAGUCAGUGCGACAGUAACUUUUUUGGUUGGCAUACAUGUGGAGCCAGAGAAACCGCACCGGAUCAGGGACAGCACGGAAUAGAAGAAUAUCGAAGAUAUAGGUAUAGCGCCAACAUUUACCACCCUGUCCUCAUUUUGUCCAACCAACGAGAUAACAACAGCGGAAAACAAAGUUUUACGACUGCAACAAAACACAUGAGGUGUGAAAUGCGAGAAAACGCUUCAACUUCCGAUAUGCUGUGAUCCUGAUGUGUUUGUUGUGAGUUGUUCUGCUCUGGCACCCGUCGUGAGAUGCCAAUUCAAAUGGGAACAAGUUUCAGUGAGUGGUUAUAGUUAGUUUGGCGACAUAAUCAGAAUCAAAACAAGCGAAAGUAGUGUGUGACGAAUUCAUCCCCACCGUGUAGUGAAUCGAAUCGAGAAAAAAGUGCAACAUUAGAGAGGAAGUGGUAAUAAUACUAGUCGAUGCUACCGGUUCUCUACAACCUUACUUCACAGCAAGAAUCAAUCGAAUAAAAGUGUGUGAUAACGACCCGAAAGAAGUAAAUGAAUCACGUUAAGUCGUAAAGGUGGUAGCCAAACGACAACAAUAGUUUCUAAAUUAAACGCUACGGCGGAAGUGAGUUAAAAACAGCUAAAGUGUCUCCGGUUGUGCUUUUAAAUCGAGUCCAGAGAAACAGCAGUUAUUGUUCAGAAAAGAACAACCCAGUCAGUGCGACAGUAACUUUUUUGGUUGGCAUACAUGUGGAGCCAGAGAAACCGCACCGGAUCAGGGACAGCACGGAAUAGAAGAAUAUCGAAGAUAUCAUUUCAUUGAGGAGACUCAAUUGCACUGAUAAGCUAAAUCGUGUCCCCUACUAUGACCAGAAGGCAGCUCGAACUCAUCCAGCCAUCGAAUACGAGAUAACACCACGGUUUCAAACAAAAGAUUUUUAGGAACAACAUUUGAACUGUUUUAUGCCUUAUCAGUGUGCCUCCUGUGGGAACGACCAAUUCUGGAAACACUUCUACAAUGAUAGAUGUGGGUAGCUAUUUUUCGACAACGGUGGUCAUUGUAAACUCAUCGAGCAGCAUACCCGGGACGUGCCAAGGAUACCCGUGCGAGUAGUUUAGAGGUGUUAUUUUUAAGGAAGCGAGCAAGCGCAACUGCUAAUAGUCUUUCUAUCGGGAAGAUUUGAUUAAAACGUGUUAGAUAGAGAGAGCGCGUGUAGUACAUAUGAGACACAGAAUGAAUCAGUUAGUGAUAGUGACUAUUGUAUACCUAGGGGUAUCGGUGUUUACAACACACUCAGAUGACAAUUUCUUCAGAAGAAAUGAUGUCCACGAUAGUGCCAGCAGUCGGUUUGAUUAUCGUGAAGUUUUUAGUUUGAAUCGGUUAGAAUCGGGACGAAACCGUCGAAGUCUGUACGAUGAGACUUACGAGACUGAUAAUGGACUGAGAGAUUUUGGGUUUUCACCUUUGGGGGGUAGUGCACCGAAACCGAAGGCAAUCGAUAAUCGGAAACCGGUGAUUGUGAAUUGUGAGGGUUACGCGCUUUCGCUGAAGGAGGAAAGUACUCCAGGAACUUUUGUAACGCAGAUCAACGCGAUCGAUCCGGAUGAACAUCAGACAAUCACGUACAGUUUUGUUGCUUCACCGACCGAGCGGACUAUGUUCAGGAUCGACAAGAACACCGGUAGAAUAACAACGAUACAUCGGUUCGAUCGUGAUGAACCCAUACGGGACAAAAUGGUGUACAUCACGGUGCGUGCCACCGAUAAUGGGUUACCGGCUUUGGAUGAUGUGUGUACUUUCAAGGUGACAAUCGAAGAUAUCAACGACAAUCCACCGAUUUUCGAUAAAACCAGAUACGAUUUACCGAUCACUAAGGAUGCUAAGGUGGGAUCGAAAGUUGGUUCAAUUUCCGCGUACGAUUUCGAUGAUGGAGACAACAGUAUUAUCAAGUUCGAGAUUCUGAAAAGGUACAAAGAUCACAGUUACUUUAGAAUAAAUGAAAACAAUGGGAUCAUUACGCUGACCAAAUCCAUCGACAAAAGUCCCGGGCAGAGUUACGAGUUUAACGUUCGUGCGUACAAUAUCGUUCCCGGAGUUCCACAAAUGCAGGAUGCUGAGGUGGACGUAAGCAUUUAUGUUAUUGAAUCCAACAAGUUGCCACCGUAUUUUACGGGUACCCAACAGCAACCUAUCUCGCUGGAGGAAAACUUCAACAACUACAGCGAACCGUUGGCUACCUUGCGGGCGAAUUCUCAGGCCAAUAACCCGGAACUUAUAUUCGAGUUGAUCACAGGAAGAACUGAGCAAACGAAUAGCAGAAAUACGUUCGUGCUAGAUCAGAAAGAUGAUACCGCUGUGAUUCUGCUCGGAAAAGCGCUUGACUACGAAACGAUUACCGAGUACACGCUGACGGUGAGUGUGAGGAACACCCACGAUCUGAUCGCCCAAACAAUCGUUAAGGUUAAGGUCCUGGAUGUAAACGAUAAUAUCCCAUAUUUCACGGAGGUCACCUCUGGAUGGAUUCCGGAAAAUGAACCCGCUGGGACGCCCGUCAUGCAGGUCCGUGCUUUCGACAUGGACGGGACGUCGGCCAAUAAUAUCGUUUCAUUCCGGCUAGCCGACAACAAUGAACACUUUGCUAUCGAUCCGAACACAGGAAACAUCACAGCGUUGACGAUGUUCGAUCGGGAAGCUACCGAUAUGUAUCAUUUGAAGAUCAUCGCCGAAGAUAACUCGCCCUCCGCUUUGUACAACAACGGUCUGCCGAACAGUAUCGCGCAAAAAUUUAACAUCAAGAUCUCCGACAAAAACGAUCAUCCGCCCAAGUUCACGAAGGAACUGUAUGUGACCAAAAAUGUUGCGGAAGAUGAGAACAUCAACACGGUAAUCGCUGUGGUGACUGCCCAAGACGUGGAUACUGCCUCGCAAAUCACGUACUCGAUCGUGUCCGGUAAUAUUGGGGACGCGUUCAAGAUCGAUGAAGCAACGGGAGCCAUCUCGGUGAACAACCAGCUGGACUACGAAACCAUCACCCAGUAUACGUUGCAGGUGCGGGCUUUUGAUGGAACUUACGACGAUAACGCGACGGUUUCGAUCAAGGUGGAAGAUGUGAACGACAAUCUGCCGGAGUUUUCCAAGACAGACUACACUCUUGAGAUCGAGGAGGAAAAGGUUAUGCAGGGCUGUAUCGAGACGAUCGAGGCUUGGGAUCCGGACAUCAAGAAUCGCUCGGCACCGCAGCACAUAAAGUUUGCCAUCGUUAAGGUCGAACAGCGUCCGCUGCUGGAUAUCGAUGACACCGGUUGUCUGCGGCAGAAGGCUCCGCUGGAUCGCGAUCCCCCGAAUGGGCACAAGGCGUGGCAGGUGAUCAUUUCGGCGACCGACGAAGACGGCAGUGGGCGGCAAUCGACGACUACGGUGAACAUCCGGCUGAACGACACCAACGAUAAUCCGCCGUAUUUGACGAACCUUAUGCCGGUGGUUUGGUACGAGAAUCAAGAACCCGGGAGGAUUGUUACCUUGACGGCGGAUGAUUACGAUGAGCCUCAGAAUGGGCCCCCGUUUCGCUUUGAGAUACCCGAUAGUGCCAGUGAUGAUAUCAAAAGUAAGUUCCGCAUCGAUACGGAUGUGUUGUAUGCGUUGGUUAGGUUCGAUCGCGAGGAGCAGAAGGAGUAUUCGAUACCGAUUUUGGUUACGGACAGCGGACAGCCGCAGCCUUUGAGUAAGAUCAAUAUUCUCUAUCUGGUGAUUGGUGACGUUAACGAUAACGAGAUGAGAGACGGCGAGAGUAAGAUCUUCGUGUACAACUACAAGGGGGAGUCACCGAAUGCGGAAAUUGGUCGAGUGUACGUGGAUGACCUGGACGAUUGGGAUUUGCCUGAUAAGCAUUUCGCGUGGAAGGAAGACACGUACAGUCGGAACAAUUUUAUGUUGAAUCAGAAUACCGGGAUGAUCACAAUGCUUCAGGAUACGCGUGGUGGCGAGUAUGAGUUGCAUUUCACGGUGACGGAAAAGUCCAGCUUCUUCCCGAAACACAGCGUAUCGGCGAAGGUACUCGUUACGGUGAAGGAAAUCCCGGAGGAGGCUGUCGACAAGAGUGGUUCGAUUCGGUUCUAUGGAAUCACGGCGGAGGAGUUUGUGUCGCGGACUCCGUCGUUGUCGUCAACGCCGAAGGAUCGUCUACAAACCAGUAUUGCGGAGAUGUUCAACAUCUCCAGGGACAAUGUGGACGUGUUCACGGUGUUACAACAUGACAAUAACGCGACCUUGCUGGACGUGAGGUUCUCCGCACACGGUAGCCCGUAUUUCGAACCGGAAAAGCUCAACGGUAUGAUUGGGUAUCACCAGCGGAUGUUGGAAGAGGAGUUGGGAAUGAAAAUGAUGAUGAUCAGUAUUGAUGAGUGUAUCCAAGAGAAGUUGCGUUGCGAGCUGUCGUGUAAGAAUGUGCUUCAUAAAUCGAGUGUCCCGAUUGCGGUUUAUACGAAUACCAGUUCUUUCGUGGGAGUGAAUGCUUUUGUACAGGCGGAGUGUGUUUGCGAUGCACCACCGGUGAUGAACGAGUGUUUGAACGGAGGGACUCCGUUCAAUGAUAAGUGCGAGUGUCAUGAAGGUUACGAGGGACCGAACUGUGAGGAAAUAACUGUUGGAUUCUAUGGGCAUGGUUACGCUAUGUAUCCUCCGAUUAGUCCAUGCAAUAUCACGAGAAUCAAAUUGGAACUGUCACCCCAACGCGAGGAUGGGUUGGUUAUGUAUAUUGGGCCACUAAGUUAUAACCCGCUGCUGCCAAUACAGGACUUUUUGGCACUUGAGCUAGUAAAGGGAUUGCCCGUCCUUCUGUUGGACUAUGGAUCCGGUACGAUUCGUAUCGAGCAUAAACAUCGGUACUUCCAAGGGAAGCCCUUCACCGUGGAAAUUGUACUUCAACCGCAGACCGUAGAGAUGAUCGUAGACAACUGCAAGUUGUCGACCUGUAUGAGUUUGGAUGCCCCGAAAGGUCCGAACGAGUCUCUGAACGUCAAUGCUCCCCUGCAGCUCGGAGGUUCGGCCGUGAACCUCGAAUCGCUGGGAUCGAUGUUCAAUUGGACGUACGUUCCCCAAAGUAAAGGGUUCACAGGGUGUCUCAAAAACUUAACGAUCAACGACCGAACUUACAAUCUAGGAGCGCCGAGCCUGGCGAAGAACCACGAUCCUGGGUGCCACCGAUCCGUGGCUGUGGCGGUGUCCUUCGGAAUUGACUCGAACUUCCUGAUUGCGAUCAUUGUGUGCAUUGCGGUGUUGUUGAUUCUGCUGCUGGCGGUGGUCGUUCACAAAAAACACCAAGAUGGUUGGCACGAGAAGGAUAUGGAUGACAUCCGGGAGACGAUCAUCAAUUACGAAGAGGAAGGUGGCGGGGAACGUGACGCGGAGUACGAUCUGACAGUUCUUCGGGCCCCACCAAUUUAUAUGGAUAAACCGUAUGGGAAUGAUCUCCGCCAGAAAGAGGCGAACGAAGUGCCCGACAUUGGUGCUUUUCUGACCGACAAGAAGGACGCUUGCGAUAGGGAUGUUGAUGCGUAUCCUAUUGACGACGUUCGCCAUUAUGCGUACGAGGGCGAUGGAAACAGUUCCGGGUCUCUGUCGAGCUUGGCAUCUUGCACAGACGAAGGUGAUCUCAAAUUUAACUACCUUUCUAACUUUGGUCCAAGGUUCCGGAAGUUGGCAGAUAUGUACGGAGAGGAACCAUCGGAUACGGACUCGAACGUAGACGACGAUGAAGGCUGGAGGAUUUGAGGUGAUCCUCAAGUUUGAUACGAGCAUACGAGCGAUUGUUUCAUCCGAAAGCGUGUCUAGUUAUCUGUUACGGAAGCCAAAGACCAGUUCGAAAUAAUUGAAGAGAGCGGCGUGCGGAUCAAAUGUAAAACAGUACAUUUAAUACCGAGAGAGAGAAAAUCGUAUUAGAAAUUUUAUUUGAGCUUUUUUUUCAAAUAAAACGAAUCUUUAGGUAAACAGUUGAAUUGAUCGAAUCGCACAUUAGUGUAACUAUGAUGUUUUUUCGGAUGACUCAUGUAAAUCGGCGGAGGGCCGAAAUCUUCAUGAGCCCCAAGCUCAAAUAUUUAUCGAACUUGCUUUUCCGCGGCGCGCAAGCCCGGUAAGAUAUUGGUGCGUGAGUUGUCUUAUACCGUUACGAGUGGAGGUGAUAAUGCCAAGCUGUCAUCCCUAACAAAAAGACAUUCCUGUAUUAAUUUUUAUGCAUUUCAUGGUGAGUCAUUUUCAUUUUCGAAACAUGACAACGAUGUAAGGAUAGUAGCUCGUACAUAAUCAUUGGUCAUACCGAACGUGUUAAGUCUUCCAAUUUUAAUUUUUAUCACUAUUAGAAGUCUUCUUCGGUUUUAAUCUAUUUCACCUGUACUUAGAACAUCGUAAGAGAACUGCUAUUAGACCAGAAAAUGUCCAUGCCAAGGCCUCUUCCCGCAGAGAAAUAAAUCACAAAACAAAUAUGAUUGUGCAUUUUUCAAAACCCUCACUGUCUAGACCGGGAACCGAGUAAAACUAUAAAUAAAUCGCCUGAGGGGAAACCGGUUUUCUCGGCGCAGCAAUAUUCCUCUUCGUUUUUCUCAUGGGUUCGAGCGCUCCUCCGAUUUUGAUGUCAUUUUUGUCAUCGCGAUCGGAUUAUUUUUACCACCAGAAACUGCCUUGCCCCCUUUCACACACACGGAUAGAAAGGAAGGGAAUGAACAAUGUGCUUAAUCAGUGGAGUAUUGUAAACAAACAUGAAUAAAAAAAGCCGGGACAAAAAAUCUAGAACCCAAACCAACUGAAACAAAUGACAUAAACUAGUUCAAAUAGAAGUAUGUUUUCCGAAAUAAAAGACUUGUACAUUUACACGGAUUGAAGCGAAAACAGAAGCAACUAAAUUAGAGUAUGAAAAUAUGCAACAGAGAUGCCUUAUUCCGAAACAAAAACAAACAGAAACAGAUUUAUUGCAAACGACGAUUAAGUGUGUUUUUAUCUAGAGAAACGGAAAUCAAACAAUUAUUUUUAACUCUUUAAUCUUAAACAACUCGUGGAUGUGAGAGCAAAGGAAGGAAGCACAGCAGCGGCGAGUGAUAUCAAAAAGUUUAGAGAUGCGUUGUACGCGGACCAUGAUUUUGAAAGAGAAGCAUAUAAACGCAGUUACUGCACAUACAAUUUAUAGUUUUAGAGAUCAGGUAUGAUUCUGUGACUCUUGGUUUAGGGAGAGCGCAAAAGAAAAACGCGAGAGAGAAUGCGUGUGAAGAAUAUGAUUUUACACUGCAAAAUCAUUAGGUAUACAUUUUUGAAUUGUUAUUUUUAACGGAUGAUAAUUUGAUUCAAACAUAGGAAGACAAUUGAUAUUAGCAUCGCGAGCUAAUAUCGAUAGAAAAGUGAAACUUGACGACAUAGGAAAAAAAACGGAAAACGUAUUGAACAGAGAAAAAGUGAUCCAUAUUUUUAGCAAUGUAAAUCGUUUAGAUGUAAUUUUAACUUAUUGAACUCGCGUAAGUAAGAAGACAAACAACAAACGAGAUGAAAUGCAAAGUGCCGCGCAGCUAGAGCGUGUCAGUGAGAUGACCGCGAUGUGUAUAAGUAAUUCCAUUUUUUAACUGAAAAUUUUAAUACGAAAUGACCGAAAAAUAAAUGUUAAGUAAUACGAU